AUGGCAAGAACGAAACAAACUGCCUGCAAAGCGACUGGUGGGAUCGCCCCUCGAAAGAAUGGUCCAAAGUGUCAAACUCCAGCGUUCGUAGGGACAACUCCGCCACAGAUCCUUCAAGAAAUGGUUCAAUCUCGCCUGGAAAUUCACUCCGGACCGCCAAAGAAUGAUAUGGCACUCCCAGCAAUGGCAAGGACACCCUCUAUUCACCUACACCUCAUUGAGCAACCGGACGUCAAGUUCUGUUGCAUACACUGCCAUACACUCUUGGACAAGAAGUCUGGUGAUUUUACGCCGUUUUAUGGAUUUCUCAAGAACGGAAAGCCCGUUUUACCGUCAUUCCUACCCAUCGUUGGGCAGUUGCAAUUAUCUAAACGUUCUCAGAUAUCCGCGAGGCCCGUACUCGUUAUUCACUUCAAAAUUGUGGGCUUUGAAGCCACUGCGAGCCCGAUCGACACGGUUAACUCAUAUCUUUCCUCUUUCUUUCUGAAUGGGGGCCUCCAAUUCAUUGAAGUGAUUUUUGACCUUGGCACCAAUGCCAAGAUCAUGGCCUAUUCCAAACAGCAUGAGAAGCUCGCAAACGACGUAAUGGACGACUGCAACUACCAAACUGUGUGUAUCGCCAUCACCGAUCACACUGACAAUACCACUGGCGACCCGUUUCUUGGAUACUCUCACGAAUCUUCCUAUGUUGCAGCCACCGUCCCUGAUUUCAUGAAUUCGUUACUUGGCCCAUGGGGGCAAGUGAUACAACAAGGUUUUCGGGGCUUGCGUUCAUCUGUCGUUGAUCAUGCUUUUUCAGAUGCAGUCGCGUUUACUGCCAAGGACUUUCAUCCUUGCUUGGCCUCCCAUUUUCUGGUAUCAUUCGCGCAAGCUGUCAUCGUUGAAGGUUUUGCGCUGCGUGAAGCUUUCCCUAAUAUACUGGAGCAGUCGGGGUUAGGUAUGCACACAGACGUUCUCCUGAUGACCGCAACACCUGAAGACACGGUGCCGCUUCGAAUUACCCGUUACAAGUGGGCCCACGUCUCUAUUCGUCCAUGGGGAAAUGUACUUCCUCUACAGUGUCCGCAAUGCGGGACCCCAGUUGUGUGGGAGCGGAUCCAGGCCAAUUUCUCUCAGAAGUAUAUGGUCUUUCGAUGUCCGUUUGUAGGCUGCGGCCGUACCAAUACUGGGAGAGGCAGAUUACCCCGCAAGAAGUACACCUGUAAGGCCCCAGAAGGCUCGACAUUACUCCCGGGGCGAAAACGCAACGCCUCCUGGUUGGAGAUCCCUGUCGCCUUCUCUAGAAAUGAUGCCGAGACAACCUGA